AUGAGUGAAGUUCUUGAGCGUGACCUUAAACAGCUGGAAGACGAUGUCAUUGGACUCAAGAUCCGAGAACAAGUCUGCAAGAGGAUUACCGCGCAAUACGAAAUAAUAACACCAAAAUUGUCGGAAAGCCUGGAAAAAAUCAAGGAAAUCGCUUCGAAACUAGCCAUCGCGGAACAACAGUGUCACGAGUAUGAUGCCAAAAAGAAGGAAUUGAAUAAAAGGAUAAUUUGCUUGAAGGAAAGGAGCAGUAAGAUCGACCAGAUGGAGAGGGAAAGUGCAGACCAGAUCGAAGAAUUCCAGAAAGAGCGCGAUAAAGAACUCACCCUUCUGAGAAAACUGGAAGCUAAACGAAGGGAUGAUGAUAGCACGCGCAAAGACCUUCAAGCCGAGCUCCUAGUGCCAACAGAAGCCUUGCGAGAGGCGCAGAUAUGUGGCGGAGCCACUGUGAAAGUGAAAGCAGCUUUGCAGAAACAGAUCGAUAAAAUUCAGGACAGCCUAACGAGUCUGGAAAGAGAGAUUAAAGGCGACGAGAAGCGCCUGGAGAGCUGCCAAAAGAAAAUUGAUACCCUCGAAAGAAAUAUCGCAGAUGCGAAUGCCGCCCAUACUAAGGAAAAGGAGGAGAUAAGCAAAGAACUGAAGGAGAAGAGAAAAGAUAGGGACAAAGCAAGAGACCUGGCGAAGAAAAGCGAAAAUGAUCGAAAGGUCCAGCAAGCAGAGAUGGAACGGGAAGUAUCAAGCUUCAUGGGCCAGGAGGAUCUAGAUAAGCUAGAGAAGCAGCGCAAAGAGGCCUUCCAACAGAUGAAACGGAAAGAAAAGCUGCUGCGUUAUAAGAAAGACGAAUUCCGAAAAUUCUGGAGAAAAGCGGUCGACGGCAAUGACAAACGAAGAGCAAAGAUAGCAGACGUACUCGAGGCCUUGAAAGCAAGUAAGGAUGCUCCAGCAGAACGGAUACUUCCGGGCGGCCAGGAACGAACAAAUCCCAAAAUGCGACUCGGGAACCUGCAGCGGACAUUGGGCACCAUAAUCGGCGACUUGGAGGGACUGUUGAACGAAUGGCCAGAGCGGCUUAACUAA